UACAAAUACGUGCAAAGUGCGAAGGGUGUUCUCUCUUCUCCUCCUCGUAAAAUCAAAAUCACUUUUCUUUAAUUAAAUCUCGCUUUGCGUGCAAAAUCUAUGUGGAAAACCGUGCUUCGCAUAGCAAGUUGUAAACUCAUGAGCGAUUCCACACGAGUUUGCUACUUUUAACACAGGAGCAGAGCAGGCAUUCAUUUCCAAUGAAAACGGGUCGAAUUGAAUAAGCCUAAUUUCAUUAAAAUCGAAGAUCGGAGAUUUACUCAAACUCAAAGGAAUAUCAAGAUGACUAGUAAAUAUCACCAUAAACAACGUUUAACACCAAAACAUCAAGAUUCCCUACGUUUAAUAUUCUCAGUUUUCACUGCAAACGAUAUAAGGAACUUGAGUGUAACGAAAAUCAUAACAUCAUUAUCUUUUAACAUUCUUGGACAUCCAUUAAAGGGUGGAUUAUACGAUCCAUCUUUAGGCACAAUGAAAAACAGUUCGGAGUUAUGCAGCACAUGUGGACAUAAUAGUUCCAAGUGUCCAGGUCAUUUUGGUCAUAUAGAAUUACCAGUACCUGUUGUCAAUCCAUUAUUCCACAAAGCAUUGUCUAUGUUGCUUAAAUUGUCAUGUUUAAGUUGCUUUACAUUACAAGUACCAUCGUAUAUCAAGUUAUUGCUGUCCGCAAAAUUAAAAUUACUGUACCAAGGACAACUCAACGAUCUUGAUGGUUUAGAUCACGAAGUAACGUCCAUAUUAUCAAAUAUUGAAAAAGAAGAAGAACGAACAGAGUAUAUUCGUAAUGUAAUUAAUACUUAUAUGCAAAAUUUCUUCAAUAGAAAUAGAUACAGCCAAAUCAUGCCUCAGAAUCCUGAAAAUCAAGCUAAUAUAAAGAGUGUCAUUAUGCAAUGGCAUGCAUAUAUUGAAAAUAUACUUAAACAAUAUGUGAGAACCAAUAAAGCUGGGAUAUGCAUGAAUUGUCACGAUGGUCUUCCAAAAAUGUCAACGUUGCAAAACAAGAUAAUGAUAAGUAACAAGGAAAUUGUGAAGAAUUCUAAAGAAAUGCUCUCGUGCGAAGUAGCGCACAAAUUGGAAAUGAUUAUGAUUAUGCCAGAUCAAUCCAAGAAAUACCUACGACAAUUAUGGCAUAACGAAAAAGAUUUUCUUAAAAUAAUUGUACCUUGCUUAGAAUUAGUAGAUAUCGAAUAUCCUACUGAUAUAUUCUUUUUCGAGGUGAUACCUGUACUACCACCGAUCGUGCGACCGGUAAAUUUUCUUAAUGGUCAAAUGGUCGAACAUCCUCAAACUCAUAUCUAUAAGAGCAUUAUACAGGAUUGUUUAGUCUUAAGAAAUGUUAUACAAACAAUCCAAGAUGGAGGUAUUGAUCACUUACCUCAGGAAGGUCGACUUGUCUUUGAACAAAUAAAAGGAAUUACAGCAGUUGAAAAGUUGCACAACGCUUGGCAAACGUUACAAAGCAAUGUGAAUCACUUGAUGGAUCGCGAUAUGAACAAAUCAUCAGAGUCCAUCAAUGGUCAAGGCUUGAAACAAAUUCUUGAAAAAAAAGAAGGUAUCAUUAGAAUGCAUAUGAUGGGUAAAAGAGUGAAUUUUGCCGCACGUACAGUUAUUACUCCAGAUCCUAAUUUAAAUAUCGAUGAAAUUGGCAUUCCUGAGGCUUUUGCCCGCAAAUUAACAUAUCCUACAUCUGUAACACCGUGGAAUGUUAUUGAAUUGAGACGAUUAGUUUUAAACGGUCCCGAUGUUCAUCCUGGCGCAGUUAUGGUGGAAAAUGAAGACGGAUCGAUACAAGCUAUUAGUCGUAACGAUUGUACGCAGAGGGAAGCUAUCGCGAAACGUCUCUUAACAACGAGCGACAGAACCAACGAAUUUAUUGGUGUAAAAAUAGUACAUCGACAUCUUCAAAAUAGCGAUAUAUUGCUAAUAAAUAGACAACCGACAUUACAUAAACCGAGUAUAAUGGCUCACAAAGCGCGUGUUCUCAAGGGAGAAAAAACUUUACAUCUUCAUUAUGCGAAUUGUAAAGCAUACAACGCGGACUUCGAUGGAGAUGAGCUUAACGCUCAUUUCCCACAAAAUGAAUUGGCUAGAAGCGAAAGUUAUAACAUAGCUAAUGUAUCCAACCAAUACCUCGUGCCAAAAGAUGGGACUCCAUUGAGUGGCCUUAUACAAGAUUACAUGGUGUCUGGAGUACGACUAACAACUAGAGGUAGAUUUUUUUCAAAGGCGCAUUACAUGCAAUUAGUUUAUACAGCAUUGCCAAUAAUGCAAAAGGACAUAAUUCUUUUACCGCCAACUAUUAUUAAACCGAAAAUAUUAUGGUCGGGUAAACAAAUCCUUUCAACAGUCAUUAUUAAUAUUAUUCCCUCGCAUAAAACACGAAUCAAUUUGGUCUCUAGUACGAAAAUUUGUGCGAAAGAAUGGCAAACAGGGAUAUCACGACGUUGGAAAUGUGGAACAGAAUUUAAAAAUUCGAUGAUCAUGUCGGAAGCAGAAGUUAUAAUUCGACACGGAGAAUUAUUGUGUGGAGUACUCGAUAAAAUGCAUUACGGUGCGACUCCUUACGGUCUUAUUCAUUGUAUUUACGAAUUAUAUGGGGCAAUAUGCGCGAAUGAAAUGUUAAGCGCAUUUGGUAGAUUAUUCCAAAUGUUUUUACAGUGCGACGGUUUUACUCUCGGUGUUGAGGACAUUCUAAUCACUCCAGAAAUCAAUGAAAAACGUAAAGAAAUCAUUUCCAAUUGUAGAAAAAUAGGGGAAACUGUACAAAAAUCUAUAAUAAAAGCAUCUAAUGAUAAACCUAUGAACGAAAUUCAAGCUAAAAUGGAAGAAUCUUACUGGAAUAAUUCAAAAUUUCGCGCGCAAGUUGAUCAGAAAUAUAAGAGCACUUUAGACAUUUAUACUAAUGACAUUAACAAUGUUUGUCUGCUGACGGGACUUUUCAAGAAGUUCCCAAAUAAUAAUUUACAGCUCAUGGUGCAAUCUGGUGCAAAGGGAUCUACGGUUAAUACUAUGCAAAUAUCAUGUUUGCUCGGUCAAAGUGAAUUGGAAGGUAAAAGACCACCGUUAAUGAUCAGCGGAAAAAGUUUAUCAAGUUUCCCACCUUACGAUCCAACACCUAGAGCAGGUGGUUUUAUCGAUGGCAGAUUUAUGACUGGAAUCAAACCCCAGGAAUGUUUUUUCCAUUGUAUGGCGGGACGCGAAGGUCUUAUCGAUACUGCCGUAAAAACUAGUAGGUCUGGUUAUUUACAGAGAUGUUUAGUUAAACAUCUAGAAGGUUUGAUUGUUAGUUACGAUGCGACGGUUAGAGACUAUGAUGGUAGCUUAAUUCAGUUUUAUUAUGGAGAGGAUGGUCUCGAUGUACCGGGUUCAUGUUUUCUAACGAAGGACCAAAUCGCAUUUCUAGUUGAUAAUAAAGAGUCUAUUAUGGAUGCAAAGUUAUUGGAAUAUCUGAAAAGAAAUGACAAAGAGAUUGCGAAAAUGAUAAAAAAGAUCAAAAAAUGGAAAAGCAAGAAUGGUUCCUCAUUGGAAAAGAGGAGGAUCAAUGAGUUUAGUAAAUUCUCUAUGGAGAAUUCCAAUCCGAAUGAUGUAAAACAAAAAAUCAUUGAUAAUCAUAGUGGGAGAAGCAAAGCUGCAUUAUCGCUUAUGAGAAAGUGGAUAAGAGCAGAAAAGGAACUGAAAGAGUCAUAUCGUGCACAAUGUACUAGAUGUCCCGAUCCAAUAAUGUCAAAAUACAGGCAAGAUAUUGAAUUUGGAGUAUUAUCUGAACGGAUAGAAAGCUUAAUGGAUGAAUACCUUUCUCGUCCGACAAAAAUUAAAAAGUCUGUUUUGAGAGAUUUAUUAUCCAUCAAAGUUAUGAAAACAAUUUGUCCGCCUGGUGAACCAGUUGGUUUAUUAGCAGCACAAUCUAUAGGUGAACCAUCUACUCAAAUGACUUUGAAUACCUUCCAUUUUGCAGGACGUGGAGAGAUGAACGUGACCUUAGGUAUUCCAAGAUUACGUGAAAUCUUGAUGAUAGCAUCGAAAAACAUAAAAACUCCAAGUAUGGAAAUACCAUUCCAAGAUAAUUUGGAAAAUCUUGAAAAACAGGCGAAGAAACUGAGGUUAAAAUUAACAAAAUGCGUUCUACGCGAUGUAUUAAAAGACAUAAAAAUAAGCAGACGAAUGGAGGGAAGCCCACACCGAAGAUUGGUGCACACUUUAAGAAUCAAAUAUCUUCCUCAUAAAUACUAUAAAGAAGAGUUUACCGUUCAUCCGCGGGAUGUGAUUAAAUGUACUGAAGAACAAUUUUUCAAGAAUAUAUUCAAGGAAAUUAAAAAAUUUGCCACUAUUUCCAAAGUUUUUUUAAAGUUACAUUUCGAAGGAGAAAAAAGACGAAUAAACGACGAGGACGCAAUAAUAGAUGAAAUUGAUCCUGACGAAGUUGUACCGGAAAAUCCUGGAAGCAGAACACGGAUGGAUUUAGGAGAGAUGCACGAGUCAUCCGAUGAGGAGGAAGCCGCGGAAGAUGCCGAUGCUACAAUGACUAAAUCAUUAUUGCGUCAUCGAGAGAAUCAAGAAUAUGAAGAUCCUGAAGAAGAAGAACAAGAAGAAACUGAAGAUAUUAUAUUAAAUGAUAAGGAAGAAGAGGCAGAUGAUAAUAAUAAUGCAAAUAGAGUUCUCGAGGAUAAGGAUGAUGAUGAUGAUACUAAUAAGAAAUUAUUAAAUCAUAAAAGGAAGAAUAACAAUAACAAAUCUAUCAGCGGGAAGGAUCGUGUCUUGGAUAUGUAUGAAAAUGCUAUGGAUUAUGAAUAUGACGAGAAUAAACUAUCAUGGUGUAAAUUCACCUUUUGGUUACCGCUUAAAACAAUCAAAUUGGAUUUGCCAACAAUAAUUAAGAAUGCUGCGAAUAAAACUGUCUUAUGGGAAACAAAAUGUAUUAAGAAAGCUUUUACAUUUCAAAACAAUAAAGGCGAAACAAUUCUCAAAACAGAUGGUCUAAAUAUAGGGGAAAUGUUCAAAUAUGAUAAAAUACUUGAUUUAAACAGAUUAUAUUCUAACGAUAUUUAUAAUAUUUCUCAAACAUAUGGAAUUGAAGCCGCAAAUCGAGUUAUUAUAAGAGAAAUUAAAGAUGUCUUCAAGAUGUAUGGCAUCACCGUUGAUGUAAGACAUCUGUCCUUAAUUGCAGAUUAUAUGACUUUCGAUGGUACAUUUAAACCACUCAGUCGAAAAGGAAUGGAGAAUUCUGCUUCACCAUUACAGCAAAUAAGUUUCGAAAGUUCGCUAGGCUUUUUGAAAACGGCGACAUUGCAAGGAAAAAAGGAUGAUAUAUUAUCACCUUCGAGUAGAUUGAUGUUAGGACAACCGUGCAAAUCUGGAACUGGGGCAUUUUCUAUUUUACCAUCAUUGUACAACAUGUAA